AAUAUGGCAGCAACAUCAGCUGUCAGCAUAUCUCCACCAGCUCAUCAGGGACCAAUUGCUGGGAGCCUACACACCAACAGCCGUGGACCAACCUGUGAGCAGCAAGCUCCGGGACUGCACGGCAUCAGCCAAGACCCAGGAGCAUCAUUCCACCCCCAACCCCCCGUCUUUGUCCGGCCUUUCUUCUACGUCCAUGCUCCACCUCCACCCCAACCACCACCUCCACCUCCUUUUCUCCACUACCAGUGGCCCAUGCCCUUCCCCUAUAACCCCUUUGCGGCCUUCCCAGGCAUGGGCUAUGGUAUGGUCAUGCCCCCAUUCCCCCCUCAUCCCUAUAUGAAUGCUCCAGCCCAUUUUCUGCACCACCCCCACCCUCACGUCCAACCUGUCGACAGACGUUUUCUCCAUUCCCCAGUCUACGCUCCUAGCGCACCCUACCAGAACCCAAACCGGACCCACAGAAGUCAUCAGAGUCAUACUGGCAAUGUUAGAGAAACCGUGAACUGUGAGGUCCAAACAGAACCCAUACAGAUAGGUCGUUAUGGAGAAAGAAGCCCACUCAUUGACUCAGAUUCUGGGCGUGCAACCGGCUCAAACUCUCCAUCUGCCGAGGUCAGGAACAAUACUUUAUCCAGCAGUGCUUCACUUACUUCAGCCGGUUCUCCAGAUAGUAUAGUUCCUGUUUGUAGCUCUUUUCAACAAGAGGUUGUCAAAGAGAGACACGUCUCUGUUCCUGACAUCCUAAUGAGUUGGAGAAGUGGCACGCCGCAGGCAAGGAUUCUGAAAUUGGCGGACAACCUGCCUCAGAAUGAUGACCAGCUGCCGUCUUACGAAACGGAAAAAGGCCACCAGAAGUCUUUUUACCAGAGUCCGACUCAGACCAAAAAUGGUCCAGUGGUGGCUGACAGUGCUGACGAUGACGCUGAGCGUAACCUAAACUCUAAGAAUGGUGCAACCCUUUAUCAGAUCCUCAAACUGAGUAAAGCUCAUGGAGAGUGGAAAGCAGAAGGCAGAAGAGAAAAUGAACCGGUGGGAUUGAACGGCUCUCAAAAGCGUAGUCUACCCUACACGGAUAAACUGCUACAUUCACACAAGAAAUCCCGACCGCUCCCUGACAAUGAGCAAGAAGAUGGCAACGAGACAAAUCCACUUGCAGACAUCACAGAAAUAAUUCCCUACCAAAUGUAUAGCUGUCAGACGGAGAGUAAAAUGAAUGAGUCGGUUUGGUCUGUGGAGUCUUUGCCCCCCUUUAUCCCUUCUAAGGAGUGGCUGCUGCAGAAUGGCAUGUUGGACCCUGAAGUAUCUGAUUCUGUUCCAAUGUCCAAAACACUUUCUCGGAAUGACAACCAACUGCUGUCUCAUUUGGCUGAAGAAGAGCAUAAGAAGUCUUCUUACCAGAGUCCAACUCAGACUGAGAACAGUCCACUGGUGCCCGACGGUGCUAAUGAUAAUGCUAAGGGUAGCUUAAGCUCUAAGAACAGCCCAACCUUUUUCGAACUAAAGGAAGCUCAUGAAGUGCAAAAAUCAGAAUCCAGAAGAGAAAAUGAGCCGGUGGGAUUGGUUGACCCUGUAAGGCGUAUGCUACUUUACACAGAUGAGCUGCCACAUUCGCGAAACGAAUCCCAAACAAUUCCUGACAAUGAGCAAGAAGAUGCCGACAAGACAAAUCCACAUGAAGACACGACUCCCUAUCAAAUUAAAAAAACGACUGAGUCGGUUUGUUCUGCGGAGUCUUUGCCCCUCUCUAUCCCCAAUAAGGACUCUCUGCUACAGAACGGCAUGCUGGAGUUUGAAGUAACAGACUCGGUUCCAAUGUCCAAAACACCGCCUCAGAAUGACCACCAUGUGCCGUCAUACGAAGCUGAAGAAGAGCAUGUGAGGUCUGUUUUCCAGAGGCCAACUAGGAACAAAAAUGGUCCCGUGAUGGCUGACGCCGCUUAUACUAUCAAUGCUGAGGGUAACUUAAGCUCCAUGGACAGUGCAACCCUUUUCAAGAUCUUCAAACUGAGAAAAGCUCAUGAAGAGCGACUUGCAGAAUCCAUGAAAGCUGUGAGGCGUCGCGUACCCUGCACGGAUGAACUGCGACUUUCCCAAAACGAAUCCCAAAAGCUCCCUGAAAAUGAGCAAGAAGAUGGUGACGAGACAAAUCCUCAAGCAGACACUACAGAGAUCAUUCCCUAUGAAGUGUGUAGCAGUCAACCGGCGAGAAAAAUGAAUGAGUCUGUGAAGUCUCUUGCCCCGUCUAUGCCCGCCAAGAAGUCCAGUGACAUGGAUGCCUCUAAAACGAGAACGCUAAAGCAAGGCAAGGGCAUUGUUCCUUUAGCAAAGGGCCCCUUAGCUUCCCCAACUCCCCGGCAGAGUAAAAUUCUAUUUACCAUCACUGAAGACGACACGGACACAAAUAGGUGUCGGGUGAUUGGCCAAAACGGAGUGGACGUGGAGGAUGAAGCUUGCAGGAACAAAGAAGUCCAAAACCAGCAACUGUGUGUCCAGACGGCUGCCCAGAAGAUAGCAGACGUGUCUCCAUCAAAGACACAUUUAGUGGACUGUGGCGUCCAGUGUUCUGAACUACUGGAACACAACUGUGUAUGUGAGAUGACGAGCAGCAUGGGACCGAGUAGAUGGCAUCAAAGUAAACCUUUGGAUAUGAAGAAAGCAAACUAUGGCCCGGCUGAAGGAGUUGGAGGUAAAAGGAAGAAAAGAAGAGGAGGCAUGAUCACUGGAGGAAUGUCGUCAGAUAUGCACAGCAGCCAACAGGAAGCCUACAAUGGAAAUUAUUGCAAACCUUGGAAAUCGCAAGAUGUGCACGGCAGCCAGCAGGAAGUCUCCAACGGGAACUUCUGCAGACCUUGGAAAUCCCAAGGUAGAUAUGGAAGGAACCGACGCUGACGACUCUCUAGAAGACUACGCUUGG